AUGACGGCGUCAUCUACUGUCGAUCCCAAACAAAGGAAUCGUUUAUUGAGAUAUCUUCAUACUGGUAUCGAAAUACCAAAAUAUUUUCCUGGAUGCUGGGCGGCGCAUAAGUAUUUUGAAGACUUUAAGCCACCUAUACUGCAGGAACUACUUCUAGUUAAUAAGAAUAAUACUGAGGUUGUAAAUAUUAUCUUAAAGGCAUUUCAUGAUGGCCACUUUACUCGUUUUGAGACCAUUGCAUUUUCUUUGGCAAAAUGUCUCUGUUAUGGCGCAGAAAGAGUAAAAGAAGCAACAUAUCGGGCGGCUCUUGAAGUUUGUAAAACCCCUGAGGAAAUGCUGAUGUUCAAUAACUAUCUACGACUGUUAAAUACUGGUAAUGGCAGGGGUUGGUGUAAUUUCAUUAAAAAAUGGUAUGUAAAUAAAGAUCCGAUGGAACUAGCAAAAGAGGUCACUAGAGUACGUGCCAGACAUGGCCGAUCCCAUAAAACAUUGGUGGCAAAAUCCCACAUGAAAAUUGAUGUAAAUGAUUAUGCACGAGAUGCUAUCAUAAAGUACAUAAUGUUUGGGCUAAAACGAGCUAGGACCAUUUUGGCCAAUGCUCAAGGAACAGAGGAUAUCUUUGAUUACAUAGAAAAGGUUGAGAGUAUGCGUCAUUGUGAAGACCCUAAGGAUGCUGCUAAAAUUGCUGAAGAUAAUCAUUUCACCUUAGAUCAUGUGCCUGGACAUCUUCUUACAUCACAGGAGGUAUGGGAAGUAAUAUUGCCCCAAAUGCCGUUGCAGCAAGUGUUGCAUAACAUUCAGCGGAUACACAAUAUGGGUUUUCUAACAGAGAGUUCUACUACAACCGCUAUUCUGUGCUCUCUACUCACAAACAACGACAAGAUUAAAACAUCGAAAGUAACGCCUAUUGAAGUAUUCAUUGUUGCUAGCAACUAUGAGAGGAAUUCUAAGCCGUUAAAAUAUCAGAAAGCUAUAGCGGCUCUGGAUAAGCAGCAACGCCGGCGGCAGAGACAGACAUUUAAUCCAGAAAGUAAAGUUUGGGAGUGGACUGUCACUCACCGACACCCAAAGGAAGUUAAAAUUUGGGGUAUCGAUCAAAAGCCGAACAAAACCGUGAUUGCUACAUUGCAUCUUCUCAUCAAGAACACCUGGACGCUGACUCCGCCCACUAAGGCCCGUUACUUGAUCACGCUUGACAUGAGAGACCAUAUGUUUAAAGGUCGUCAUUACUGUGAAAAGUACGCUCUAUCAAAGAAAAGCAAGAGGAAGGAUGUUGUAGCAAAUAAUGGCGGCGGUGGCGAUGCAGACAACGUACAGCCAGCUGUGACUAGGACCAAGAUGCGACAAUUUGCCGAGUGCUUCUAUAACUUACACGUCUCACCUGGAAACGCCGCGAUCAUCCUGAUGCUGCAACUCCUGAAACGCGAGAAGCAUGUUAAAGUAGCAGUUUUCACUGAACAAGGCAUUGAACUGAUCGAUGGAAAGAAAUGUAACGAUAUUGAGGACACGGCGGUGUAUCUUAAGAAACAGAAACUUGGUCGCGUACAAUUGGACGCACCAAUCGAAUGGGCAAGCAAAUUGAACGAAAAAUUCGACGUGUUUAUCAACAUGAUCGACCGAAGUACCCGUUACAUGGAGCUGGAAAAAUCGGCCCGAGGAGGCAGAGGACCUGCGGGCAGAUUUGGCCCUCCGCCCACCAACAACGAUAUCGUGGACCACUGCCCCGUGAGAGCCCUUGAGCGCUAUAGGACGAAGACGGCAAAUCCUGAUGCUAAGUUGAUAGUGAUGUCGCUAGCUUCCCAUCGCUUGCAGACAACAGACGGCAGUCACGAGGGUGUUCUUGAUAUCGUAGGAGUCGACGAGCACGUACCUGAAGUUAUGGACGCGUUCGUUCUCGGAAAGUUCAAGUAA